AAGGAGUGUGGUGGCGGAGGGAAGAGAGCCAUGCCUGGAGAGGUCUAUUGAUCGCGCACGGCAGCGGUGUUGUCAGUGCGCACUGCGGCCGCGCCAGGCUGCCCGCCCACCCCCUAGUUCCAACAUGGCGGUCGAGUGUGCGGGGGAGCGCUCGCGGGCUCUCGCUAGUGUUAGCUAAGCAGUUUGAUGUGCUCUCGGAUUACUUACCUGACUCCUCCACCAUGCAGAAGGAGAACAGUCACCCACCAGACAACCAUCAGUAUGUCGGGCCCUACAGACUGGAGAAGACCCUGGGCAAGGGACAGACUGGUUUGGUGAAGCUGGGUGUGCAGUGUGUGUCCGGCAAGAGAGUAGCAAUUAAGAUUAUAAACAGAGAAAAAUUAACCGAAUCCGUUUUACAAAAGGUGGAACGGGAAAUAGCUAUUAUGAAAUUAAUCGAACACCCUCACGUCCUGGGCCUCUACGACGUCUACGAGAACAAAAAAUAUCUGUACCUGGUGCUGGAACACGUGUCUGGUGGGGAGCUCUUCGACUACCUCGUCAAGAAAGGCAGGUUAACACCUAAGGAAGCUCGGAGAUUCUUCAGACAAAUUAUAUCAGCCUUAGAUUUUUGUCAUAGUCACUCUAUAUGCCACCGGGACCUGAAGCCGGAGAACCUGUUGCUGGACGAGAAGAACAGCAUUAGGAUCGCUGACUUUGGCAUGGCGUCCCUGCAGCCCGAAGGGUCUAUGUUGGAGACGUCGUGUGGGUCACCUCACUACGCCUGCCCGGAGGUCAUCAGGGGAGAGAAGUACGACGGUCGCAGAGCGGACGUGUGGUCGUGCGGGGUGAUCCUGUACGCCCUCCUGGUGGGGGCGCUCCCCUUCGAUGACGACAACCUCCGCCAGCUGCUGGAGAAGGUGAAGAGGGGCGUCUUCCACAUCCCACACUUCGUCCCCCCGGACUGUCAAGACCUGCUCAGGGGCAUGAUCGAGGUCAACCCGGAGAAGCGCUUCACGCUGGAGGAAAUCAACAAGCACCCAUGGGUGAUCGCUGGCGGGAAGGGGGAGCUGGAGCUGGAGAAGCCCAUGAUGGAGGUGGUCCAGACCCACAUCAUCCCCACCAAGGACAGUAUCGACCCAGAUGUCAUCAGAAACAUGGGCUCCCUCGGCUGCUUCAAGGACAAGGACAAAGUUAUGUUGGACCUUCUCGAUCCUUGCCACAACACCGAGAAGGUGAUCUACUUCCUCCUGCUCGACCGGAAGAGACGGAAACCUGCGUGCGAGGAUGAGAACGAGGUCAUCCACCGAUACCGCUCAGAGUCCGCCGACCCGCCAAGAAAGAGAGUGGACACCUGCUCUGUUAACGGCACAAUGUCCCACUUCGAGCGUCUAGCUGAGGGCUCGCCCAUCAGCCCACGUCGAAAUCUUACUCACCAGUCGUCGCACACGCUACCGUGCAGUCGGCGUCGCUCUGGCAACAACAACAACAGCGGGUCACACUCUCCCCUUCACUCCAACAACGUGACGCCCACAGCCUCCCCGCUCUCCUCGCCCCGCACCUCUCGCCACCACCACCACUCCCAGCAACACUACCACCACCACCACAGCGGCACCAGCACCAGCACCAGCACCAGCGGGGUCAGCACCGUCGUCAGCAGCACCAGCAGCCACCAACAGUCCGGCACAAUAACUUCAGGGGACGACAGCAACCCGCCCUCAGCUCCCGGCUCCCCUUACUCCGCGCCAUACUGGAAAUCACGCCUAAAUACAAUUAAAAAUUCUUUCUUAGGUUCCCCGCGCUUCCAUAGGAGGAAAUUACAAGUUCCGGCAGAUGAGGUGCACUUGACGCCGGAGUCGUCCCCGGAGCUAACGAAGAAGUCGUGGUUUGGGUCGCUGAUGAGCACUGAGCGAGACGAGACCUACACGAUCCUAGUGAAGGACAAGGCCUUGGCUACCGUGAAGGCUGACCUCAUCCAUGCCUUCCUCUCGGUAGCGGAGCUGAGCCAUAGCGUGACGUCACCAAUGAGUUUCCGGGUGGAGUACAAGCGCGGGAGUACGGGUCCAGCCAUGUUCCAGAGGCACGUCAGGUUCCAGGUGGACAUCACGCCGGUCUGUUGCCCCAAUGACCCCAACCCGCUCUACGCCAUUAACUUCAUUCUGCUCUCUGGUAUGAUGGGAAACAUCCGGCGGUUCCGACGGAUAUGUGAGCACAUCCAGGCGCAGGUGUGCAGCCGGCGGCCGCCAGCCUCCCCCAGGGUGGGACGCAAGUUCACCACCGAGCUCUCAGAGUCCUCCUCGUGUGGCUCCGACACCUCAGAGAGGCUCUCGCCCUUCCCUCCAGGGAAGCAGACUGAGAGUGACGUAGAGAGUGACAUGACCCAGUCAGAAGGCAAGAACCUGUCUAGCGGUCGGGGUGGCAGGGACUCGCCACAAGCCAACGUGUCCAACGGGCGGAGUACCUCGGACCCUGAGACGCAACAGUUGGGUUCGUCGGAGCUGGCCACGUAGUCCAGGGCGGGCCGGGCCUCCACUGGUAGCGCCGCCAGCUCCAGCGCCCUACUGCCACCACCCUUCCUGCCAGGCGGCCCUUGUGACCAGGUCCCGCGUUCCGUCGAGAAGAACAUUUGCUCAUCAGGACAGAAUAACGUUAGGGAUGCAUAAUGCUACGGCAAACGGUUAGAAUAUAAUUGAUUGCCAGCGUGAUUAGAUAAAACUUGUCCAUAUACUUAUGUAUGGUAAGCAGAUAAACUUUGAAGUUACUUGUUUUUACCCCUAAGGACGAAUGAACUAGCUAGUGCUUGCUGGUAUGAUCUGUGUCGUGUUGUGUCCAGAGAUGGUUUCUUCUGAAAAUGCGAAAAGAUACUUUUAGCUUCAAGUUUUCUUGUCGAUAGGCUUCCUAACAUCAUCUGAUUUUGGUGGAGUAAGGUACUGGGACUUAUUGCUUGCAACUAUGUUAUUCUACUCAUUUUAUACUAUAUUUAGAGAGUGUUUUAUAGAGUAUAGCCAAAGCGAUGAAACCUACAUUCUGUUAUUUCCCACGCAAGUUGGUAGCAUGCCAAAAAAAGAUUGAUUGGCUUUGCAACAAGUGACAGUGGAAAGCUUCACCUAACUGAAAUCGUCCGUAGACAGUGCUGAUCUAGGAAUGACAAAAAAAGGCUGCACGCUUGCAAGAGCAAAAACUUAACUCAAUUUUUUUCCCCUCGGGCAAUGAAUGAGGUGUUUACCGCAGUUUGUGUACUUGGGACUGUAGGUGAGAGUGGGAGUGAGGCGUCACCACCGUACUGGCUGUGUCUGUCAGCCUUAUCAACGUUAUGUUCUUGUCACUACCUACGUAAUCUUGUAUUUACUCAGAUGGAAUUAAGUCAUUAAAUAGUUUUGUUAAAUAUAUGUGAAGUGAGGUAGAAACUGAUGUUUGUGAAAGGUGGUCCAAACUCCAGGGAUACACAGCAGCACCACUGGCCCAUAGCCCCCAUUGGCUGGCGCCAUGCCCCCACUGGGUGGCCGGGAGCCCCCAUUGGGCGGUCAAGACUCAACAAGUGGGUGCCCACGACCCCACAUGUUGAUUAGGGCCCCCUCUGGGUGGCCAGGACCCCCACUUGUUGGCCAAGCCCCCCCCCCCUCCAGUGGGUGACUGGGAGCCCCACCCCAACCGUUAUAUAUCAACCAGUCUUCUUUAGAUAUAUUCCAGAAGUGUUUCUUCCAGCCGAAUAUGUAUGUAAUCAGUGAAGCUUAGUCUUGGUAUGCCCUUAUGGAAGGCAUUUAAUAUUCCCUUUGUUCCUGUUCAUGAAGAAUUUCUACACAAAUAUAUAAUUAUAAUAUAAGUUUUGA